AUGGAUAGUAGCACCACAACAACGAUCACUCCAGACAUAUCGAUCAACAAUGUCUCUCCACCAACAUUCUCCCCACCAAACAACAAUAUUAUCAUCUCAAACAUCAGUAACAAUGGAGGAGGUAGCAGUAAUGGUUCAUUGAUUAAGAACAAGAGUCCAAGGAACUAUGAGAAGAGCCCACGACCAAAGGCAGACACAUCACAAAACGGUGACUUCCUGCUCUCAAUUGAUCGUGUUCAGCAAGGACUGGACCGUAGAACAUCUUUGAUGAUCAAGAAUCUUCCCAAUCGUCUGACACAGGCCAAUCUGGCAGACCUCAUCAACGACCAGUUUGCCAACACCUACGACUUUCUUUACCUACCCAUGGAUCCAGUUCAAAAGGGUAACCUUGGAUAUGCCUUUAUCAACUUUACCGACUACCAAACGAUCAUUCCAUUCUACUCCAAGUUCUACAACAGAACCUGGGAGGUGUAUCAAUGCACAAAGAAGGGUGACCUGACAUAUGCACGCAUACAGGGCAAGGCCAACAUGAUGCAAAUGCUUAAACCUCAACAGCUUAAUGAAACUGACAAGACCAGACCAGUGUCAAAAGAAGAGCAGUCUCAGCAGCAACCAACAACACCAGUAACACCCAUUUCAUCAGUUUCCUUUUCAACAUCGCUACAGCAGCAGCAACAGCAACAACGACAAUCAAGGCACAGCACUUUAAGCUCCUCUGCAUUAACAUCAAACCAACAGCAACAACAACAACAACAAGAAAGAACCUCCUCACCA